AUGGAAGAGCUGGGUGAUAGCUCAUUGUCUAAAUCUCGUGCCCUUUAUGUUCCUCUCCUUCGAGCUGCCCUAGAAGAUGACUGGGAAGCUGCUGAAGCUUUUAUCCAGAAAAAUCCAAACUGCCUUGGAGCCCCCAUAACAGAAGAGAAAGGGACAGCUCUUCACAAUGCUGCAGCUGCAAAACGCACCCGUUUUGUGAAAGAACUCGUGGAACGCAUGACACCGGAACAAUUAGCAGUGAAAACCAAAGGAAACUGCACGGCCCUUUAUUUUGCCGCUCAAUCAGAAAUCGUAACAAUUGCAAAGGUGAUGGUGAAAAAGAACAAAAAUCUGCCAUUGAUUCCCAAGGAUCACAUCCGAUCUUUACCACUUUACGUGGCAAUAAAGACUGGAAAUAAAGACAUGGUGUCAUAUUUAUACUCUGUAACUCCUCUUCAAGACUUGGCUUCUCUGGAUCACAUUAAUCUCCUUAACACUACUAUUUCCACUGGUUUGUAUGAUACGGCACACAAAAUUCUGGACAUUCUAAAGCCAGCACCUGAAGAGAAGGAAUAUCUUUGGCUUUCAUUGCAAAUGUUGGCAAAAAAACCUUCGGAAAUUGGCAGCAAAAGUCGGCCAUCAGUAUGGGAAAGAUGCUUAUACUCCUGUUAG